AAUGGAAUCUAUCAUAUCACAUCAUAGAAUAGGAGACAAAAGCCAAUUCUAAAGCCCCAAACAGCAGACUUUGUGAGUUAAUGUCUACCAGGGGUAUUGAGGAUUGAGCCUUCAGUCUGACGAAACUGGAGGUGGGUUCUGUAUUUGACCGGAUAACAACGAAACUCAGGAACAUCACCGCCCCACGAUGGGGGAAAUGGUUGUGCAGAAACGCCCGGCAGUUGCCCUGAUAUGAAAAGUGGCUUUCGUCGAGUCGAUACCGAAGAAGCGUCAACAAAUGUGGGAACGCGCUAAUGGUUAGAUUGUGAACAAGGAGAGAGAGAAAUUGUCAAUUCGUGAAAACCCGAGGGGAAUCUAAGAGGGGAAGGGAGGGGAGAGGAGGCGUCAUUUGAAAGACUGACAAGACUAUUUAUGUGUUGGAGCCUGAUCACUUUACGUCAGUACAGGUAUUUGGGUUAGUGUUGAGAGUGGGUGGGGGUUUACUCAGCGGCACAGCGACGUUCUGACAUUUACCCACUGACUAGCAAAGUGAAAGUACGGGGGGAGCUGUGCCGGAAGGAAGUUCUCUGGGGCGGCGAGACGCACAGACGCUACCGGUAAACGGGAGGCUGCGGUAUGUCCGGGGACAGGGUAGUGGCCUCCCGGUACCGGGGUUCAGCCUCUCCACCCGCUCGAAUGCGGCUGGGACUCGGCCGAUUGUGAGCGCUUCCCUGUCGGGAGUGAACGGCGGCUGCUGCUGCUCGCCUUUUCCCGGGGGCCGGACUGACGCAGCGGGAAGUUAGUGGUGGUGGUGAGGGGAAUGUGUGACCGCUCCAUGUUGUUGUGGAUGGCCAGUGUGCAGCCGGCGCUGCUCCUGCUCCUGCCGCUCCUCAGCGGCGUGUACUGCCUUGUGGAUUCCAACAGCUCGACCCCAGCCCUGUACUACGUGACGAUCGGAGACGGCACCUCCACUGAAUUCGAGUUUCCCGAAAACACCAAAGGCAUCAUUGUGGUUUCCAGUCGCUACAGCAGCACCGAGGAAAAGGAUGGCAGUAAACUGUUCGUUCAGUCUCUGGACCCAGAUGUCCUCACCAUCAUUAACGUCAGUGAUGCUGAAACCAUAGGAUUUGUGAAAAGUUACAUUGUCAGCAUCAAAUCCGGACUGGCUGGGACAGCGCCUCUCUUAAUCCGCCUUCUGGAUGUCACUAGGGUUGAGCCAUUCACUGUCGAAGAGCGAAGAGAUUAUAUUAUUAAAGUGUCUCCCACUGAUGAUGAUCCAGGUUCAACUAGUUUGGCGCAUUUCUCUCAGAACCCCCUCCUUUAUUUCCUUCUGCCUUUAGUUUUUAUAAAUAAGUGUGCGUUUGGUUGUAAAGUGGAGUUAGCAGUCCUGCGAGGUCUUCUCAAACAGCCACAUCCUGUCAUUCUGGGAGUGAUUGGGCAGUUUCUGUUGAUGCCAUUAUAUGGAUAUAUUUUGUCCAAGGUCUUUUCCCUUCCCAAAGCUCUUUCCCUCGGGCUGAUAAUAACUUGCUCUACCCCUGGAGGAGGUGGAGGUUACCUCUACAGUCUGCUUCUAGGAGGGGAUGUGACCCUUGCCAUUUCCAUGACCUUGAUCUCGACUGUAGUCGCGACUGUUAUGAUGCCACUUUCAUCCACCAUUUAUACCUAUAUUCUUAAUGUUCAUGAAACACUGCAUGUCCCGUUUACUAAGAUUCUUGUGACAUUGCUGUUUAUUGCUAUUCCCAUUUCAACAGGAAUGUUGAUAAAAUAUAAAUUGCCACGACUCAGCAAGUUCUUACUUUUGCUCAUUCGACCCCUCAGUUUCCUGUUAAUUAUUGGAGGACUCUUCAUGGCUUACCAGAUGGGAGCAGCCAUACUUUGCAAUGUUUGUAAGGAAAUAAUUGUUGCUGGAGUUGCUGUUCCUGUGUUUGGAUUGCUUAUUGGAUAUCUCAUGGCUUAUUGCUUAAAAUUACCUGUUCCUUUAUGCAAAACUGUCAGCAUAGAGAUUGGAGUUCAAAAUAGCCUGCUAGCCCUUGCAGUACUGCAGUUGUCCUUCCGUCGCAUCGAAGCAGACUUUGCCUCGCAGGCCCCGUUUAUAGUGGCUCUGAGUAGCACUUCAGAAAUGCUGCUACUUGUGAUCCUUCAUCUUCUCUACAAGAGUCUCAGGCCACAUCCAGUAUCUGAAGGAAAUGACUUGAAGUCCUGAUCUCUUUGAGUUUGAUCAAAGGAAAUGAAUUACCUGCACUGCAACAUAUUUGAAUAUUUUUGUACUGAGCAAUUUUCCAAAAUGAGUAUGUGUGGCUACAGCAGCAAUUUGGUAUGUUUACAUGGUCUUUUGAAGUGAGUCACCGUGUUGCUUUUCUGCUGACCAUGAAUGCACUGCAUUUCAAUUGCUGAAUGGCUAGUGCAGUAACAUACAGCCUUUGCUUUGCAUCGGGUAUUGGAUUUCAGUGGAAUUGACAAUUAUGUGACCUCAUUUCUUCUAGAAACUUAAAUUGCUGCAAAUUUUUUUGAUAGUUUAUACCAUCUGCAAUAAGAGUUGUUGCCUCUUUUUCUCAUUAUUUCAGGUGUAUAAUAUCUGUUGAAGGGGACAGUUUCCACCAUGUUAUUCUUUGGUUUUAAAGAGGCUUCGAUGUAUUGAAAUAUUUCCUAGUUGGAACUCAGUGUUUAAACCUUUGAUUACUACUUAAGAGACAUUCUGUUGGCCAGGCUUAUUGUACAGAAAUACUUCUUUAUAUGGCAGUAUAUAUUCAUUGAAUAAACUAAAUUGGUGGUUCUGAGCAGCAUUCCAUGUUAUGUUUUAUUAGUUGGAAUUCUGUACAACACUUUUUUUUGUGACCUGCAGUAUGUUCUAUAUGUAAUGUGCACUGUUUUUGUAACAUCAGACAUCAGUAACAAUGCAGAUAGACUUUUAAUUUGAAAAGCUAAAGUAAGAAUAAACUAAUUUUUAGACUUUGGGUACUUACUUGAUUUUAAAGAUAUGUAUACUUGAUCUAUUUGGACAGUAUUGAAAUAAGAAUGGCCUCCAUGAUGUCAUGCUGAAAAAAAAUAAUUUUAAUGAAUAUCCAUAGUAAAUCCCAUUAAUUGCACCCUCUGUAAUUUUAGUUUUCAUUUUGUUUUUAAACUUCAGGGUAAAUAUCAUAACACUGAAGCCUGGGUGCUAAAUGAUGAUCCAAUCAACUGAUUAUUGAAUGAUAGAGCAGUUCAGGGGGCCAAGUAGCCCAUUCCUGAUCCUAAUUACAACUUCCAUUAAAAGAAAUGCCUUUUCCAAUGUUCUUUCCCUUUUGAAUUUGCUUCUCUGUUUAGAGCAUUAUCAAUAAAUUCAAUAUCUGCACUUUAGUGAUACUAACUAACCUCUCUUGAAAUGGACAGAAGUGAGCCAAUCGUGGUUGGGUGAAAGGAAGGGCUGGUAGGUGUAGGGAAAGCUGGCAACUAGAAAAAUUGAGACUAUAAUCAAGUAUUGACAGGAGAAAGCGAAUGAAUCAGAGUAUAAAGGCAGUAGGAACAUAAUUAAGAUGGAAAAUCAGGAGGGCAGAAAGGGGACAUGAGAUAGCUUUGGGUUAUGUGGUUAGGAGAAUCCAAAGGGAUUUUUAUAAAUACAUUAAGGACAAAAGGGCAACUAGGGAGAGAAUAAGGCCCCACAAAGAUCAGCAAGGCAGCCAAUAUGUGGAGCCACAGGAGAUACUAAACGAGUAUUUUGCAUCAGUAUUUACUGUGGAGAAGGACAUAGAAGGUAUAGAAUGUAGGGAAAUAGAUGGUGACAGCUUGAAAAAUGUACAUAUUACAGAAGAGGUGCUGUAUAUCUUGAAACGCAUAAAAAUGGAUAAAUCCCCAGGACUUAAUCAGGUCUACCAUAAAACUCUAUGCGAAGCUAGCAAAGUGAUUGCUGGAUCCCUUGCUGAGAUAUUUGUAUCAUUGAUAGUCACAAGUGAGGUGCCGGAAGAUUGGAGGUUGGCCGAUGUGCCGCUUUUUAAGAAAUGUGGCAAGGAAAAGCCAGGGAGCUAUAGACCAGUGAGCCUGACAUCGGUGGUGGGCAAGUUGUUGGAGGGAAUCCUGAGGGACAGGAUUUAGAGAGGCAAGGACUGAUUAGGGAUAGUCAGCAUGGCUUUGUGCAUGGGAAAUUAUAUCAACUUCACUGAGUUUUUUUGAAGAAGUAACAAAGAGGAUUGAUGAGGGCAGAGUGGUAGACGUGAUCAAUAUAGACUUCAGUAAGGUGUUCGACAAGGUUCUUCGUGGGACACUGGUUAGCAAGGUUAGAUCUCAUGGAAUACAGGGAGAACUAGCCAUUUGGACACUUAACAGGCUCAAAAGUAGAAGACAGAGGAUGAUGGCUGAGGGUUGCUUUUCAGACUGGAGGCCUGUGACCAGUGGUGUGCCAAAAGAAAUAGUGCCGGGUCCACUGCUUUUCUUUGUUUAUGUAAAAUGAUUUGGAUGCGAACGUAGGAGAUAUAGUUAGCAAGUUUGCAGGUGACACCAAACUUGGAGGUGUAGUGGUCAGCAAAGGAGGUUACCUCAAGAGUACAAUUGGAUCUUGAUCAGAUGGGCCAAUGGGCUGAGGAGUGGCAGGUGGAGUUUUAAUUUAGAUAAAUGCAAGGUGCUGCAUUUUGGAAAAGCAAAUCAGAGCAGAACUUGUACGCUUAAAUGGUAAGGUUCUGGGGUGUAUUGCUGAACAAAGAGACCUUGGUCUGCAGGUUCACAGUUCCUUGAAAGUAGAGUCGCAAGUAGAUAGGAUAGCGAACAAGGCAUUUGGUAUGCUUUAUUGGUCAGAGUAUUGAGUAUAGGAGUUGGGAGGUCAUGUUGCACUGUACAGGACGUUGGAAUAUUGGAAUUGUGUGCAAUUCAGGUCUCCUUCCUAUCGGAAGGAUAUUGUGAAACUUGAAAUGAUUCAGGAAAGAUUUACAAGGAUGUUGCCAGGAUUUGAGGUAUAGAGAGAGGCUGAAGGCUGUUUUCCUGGAGCAUCGGAGGCUGAGGGGUGACCUUUAUAGAGGUUUAUAAAAUCCUGAGGGGCGUGGUUAGGAUAAAUAGACAAAGUCUUUUCCCUCGGGUAAGGGAGUCCAGAACUAGAGUGCAUAGGUUUAGGGUGAAAGGAGAAAGAUAUAAAAGGAACCUAAGAGACAACUUUUUCACACACAGGCUGGUGCAUGUAUGAAAUGAGCUGCCUCUGGAAGUGGUGGAGGCUGGUACAAUUACUGCAUUUAAAAGGCACCUAGAUGGCUAUAUGAAUAGGAAAGGUUUUGAGGGAUAUGGGCCAAAUGCUUGCAAAUGGGAUUAGAUUGUGUUAGGAUAUCUGGUCAGCAUGGAUGAGUUGGACUGAAGGGUUUGUUUCUGUGCUGUACAUCCGACUCUGUAAUUGCCCCCUCUUCUUUUUUUUCUUUCCCUAGCCCUUAAGAAUAAUUACACUAUUCCUACCAAUCUAUCUUGAUUGAAAUCCACUACCCCCCCAAAGAUAUAAGGGAAGUUGCCUGCAUAUAUUUAAACUCUAACUAAUACUCCAUAUAUAUUUUGUGUGUGUGUGUGUUAUAUAUAUUUUUUUCUUUACUAUUUGUUCUGCUUUAAUGCUUUAAAACAGGAUAGACUUGAAAACAGCAACUGCAUCUACAUGUUCAAGGUUAAUAUAUGCCACCAUUUUUAAAAAAAAAAUUGGUUUGAUAGUAUUUAGAAUUAAUGUAAUUGAUAAAGUAAUCAGAAGCAUGAUGAGCUAUUACCUAAUGCAUUGCCUGAAAGGGUGGCAGAAGCAGACUCAAUGUUAACUUGCAGAAGACAAUUGGAUCAACAGUUCAAGGAAAAAAAAACCUGUUGGGGAAUGGUUUUUGGGGAAUGAGUAAUUUUUUUUGCAAAACAUCGGCAUGAUUACCUGAAUAGUAGUCUUUUUGCAGUAUCAUUCUGACUUUGUUACUUCUAAUAAUGGUAACCUGAUGGAGCUUAAUUAAGUUUCCUGAAUCUAAGCUUUGUUUUGUGUGUGUAAAUUCACAUGAGAGAACUUCCUACGUUAUGCCAAGUUUCUAUACAUAACUUUCUCCUUUUUUAUAAAAGUCUGCAAUA